GUGAAAAAUAUCAUGAACUCGAGAAAAGAAAAACGGUCUUAACUCGUGAACUGUAUUUUUCUUGGUCUGUAGCGCAGAUAAAGCCAGACCGUGACGAUAGGCAUGGGACCCAGGUGAAUAGUGAAAACCAUGGGAGGUGGUUUUAUUGACAAAAAGGGACCGACUAAAGAGAGAAGAAGGGUGAAGGAGGGAGGGGCAUGGUAGAAUUGAGAGAUGAGAAAAAGAAAGCAGGGACCGCACUCAAUGUCCUUACAAUGACGCAAUCUGACAACACACAAAAAGUUUACUCAGUACGCUUCUUUUUCAUGAUCUAUAAAUUAAACCCCCAAACCUUUCACUGUUUCAUUCCCAACACCAACAACAACAGCAACAACAUUAAGAACAUUUCUGUUCAUCUUUCAAUAGUACAUGUCUGUCUCUGACAACUUGAACCUGAUUAACCAAAUGGCAGAGGACGAGGAGUUCUCUGAAUCCGAGGUUGUUUUCUCUGACCACCAUGACAACAACAACAACCACAACCUUCCCAUUGCGGAGGUCGAAGACGAUGACGCCGAGGAGAGCAAGGAUUCUGAGGAGGAGAAGAAGGACUCUGUGGAGGAGAAGAAGAGGGCUGCGAGGGUGAGCUCGAUGCCGGUGAACAUUCCUCAGGCGAAGGUGCAGCGCUGGGAUUCAGAUGAGUCGGAGGAGAUGGAGCCGCCGCAUGUGAUCGUGGGGCGGAGGGUCGCCGGGAAAAUGGCAUUCUCUGUGUACACCGGGAACGGGAGGACUUUGAAGGGGAGGGACUUGAGGCGUGUCAGGAACUCCAUUCUGAGGUUGACUGGGUUUAUUGAAGCUUGACUGGUUCUGCACAUUGGUACUUCUAUGACAGCGUGUUUGGUUGAUCAGAAAAUUGGCAUGAAAGGGAAAGAGAAAUUGUCUUCCUUCCUUAGUUUCUCUUAGAUUAUUAUUGCUUUCUUUUCUAUUAGUUUUAAUUUUUGAGAUCUUUUUCUAGUCUCAUCAUCGAUAUGUAACAGAGAGAAAAUAUUAGAGAAACUGCAGAGAGAGCAUUUGAAGAUAGGAAAUGAAAUGAAUUUGAUUUGCCUUUUUAAUUGAAUUUAGUGUUUGAUUCA